UUUGGUAGACUUUUUGUCAGUCUGCUUCCCCGCGGUGGCCAGAGACCACGCCAUCCAUUUUGGACGGUCUCGUAAUCUUGGAAGUCUUCGACCAACACAGCUUGCCAGCAGUCGCCGAGGGUCAAGGGGUAGAAAGGGAGAAAUGUUCAAACCACUCGUUGUUUUGUGUGUGCUCGCUCUGCUGCACGCGCCGACUGUGCGGUGUCAGGACGUGGAGCAAACCUCCGCUGCUGUUGAAAGCGAAGGUACCUUGUCAACGGAUGACUUCGUGACGACCCCAGAUGACGUCACUAUUCUAGUCACGGAUGACGUCACAAGUCCCUUGCCUGAUGUCAUGAGUGCAGUUACUGAUGACGGGACAAGUGAAGUGACGUAUGACACGAGUGCUGUUACUGAUGUCGUGACAAGUGAAGUGACGUAUGAGACGAGUGCUGUUACUGAUGACGUGACAAGUGAAGUGACGUAUGAGACGAGUGCUGUUACUGAUGACGUGACAAGUGAAGUGACGUAUGACACGAGUGCUGUUACAGAUGUCGUGACAAGUGAAGUGACGUAUGACACGAGCGCAGUUACCGAUAUCGUGACAAGUGAAGUGACGUAUGACACGAGUGCUGUUACAGAUGUCGUGACAAGUGAAGUGACGUAUGACACGAGCGCAGUUACCGAUAUCGUGACAAGUGAAGUGACGUAUGACACGAGUGCAGUUACAGAUGUCGUGACAAGUGAAGUGACGUAUGACACGAGCGCAGUUACCGAUAUCGUGACAAGUGAAGUGACGUAUGACACGAGUGCUGUUACAGAUGUCGUGACAAGUGAAGUCACAACUGACACAACUGCAGUUCCCGGUGUCACAAGUCCAGAUGUCAAUACUGUCGCAGCCUGUGAAGACAGAGACAAGAACUGCCUGUUGCUAGGCUACUCCAUCUGCACGGUCUAUGUCCUGGGCCGCCAUGUACUGCGCUCGCUCCUGCGACCUGUGUAACGGUGUCCCGAUCGAAGUGACGCUACACAGCAGCGACUACCCCGACUUCACGUCGGCCAUCAGCACGUCCAGCGCCGUCGAGGAGUCCUCCGCAACCAUGGAGCCAACACAGACGACCACAACCACGGAGCAAACACCAACGACCACAACAACGGAGCAAACACCAACGACCACCACGGAACCAACUGUCGUCACUGUGACGGAACCAACCACCGCUGGACCUUUGAUUCCCAACUGCUGCAAGGAUCAGCUUGGAUGGGAGGAAUGCAAAAACCACAGACUGGAGUCCUGUCAGGGUAUCUACCGCCCGUGGGCUGGUGCCAACUGUCAAGCUUUCUGUGGCUUCUGUCAGCCUUGCCCCAUCGAGCCAUGCGAGGACACGAACCCGUACUGCAGCCAGUACGGCAAAGAGAGUUGCACUUCCGAAAGCUACUUCAUCUGGGCCAUCACUAACUGUCGCAAGACCUGCAACCUCUGCAUCAACUACGGAUUCUACUACAAGUUGAACCCCAACGUGACGAUACCAACGAUGUCCCCUGACCAGCCAGCCGUGGUCGACACCACCCGCACAGCGCAGACAGUCGCAACAGCUACGACAGCAGCAACACCUACAGGAGGACAGUGUGCGGACCUGAUCAGCCAUUGCAGUGAAUACGGCAAAACUGACUGCGGGACCUACAGCGACUUCAUGAGCCACUACUGCCCUCGUUACUGUGGCAACUGCACUCCUGACUCAGGUGUUGAAACCACAAGUGAGCAAACGGAGCUGUCAACCACGAGCUCUACAGAAUGUGGAGACAGGCUGCAGAACUGCACCCACUACUUGGAAGAAUACUGCUGUGGCAUCUACGAGCCUUGGGCCAAACACAACUGUGCCAGCUACUGCGGCUUCUGUGGGGUGCCGCCGCCGCGCAAGUGUACAGACAGCAUCGAAUACUGUGACCGAGAACCUGACGACCUGUGCACCAAUCCCAACUACCGCCUCUUCCGCAUGGAGAACUGCGCCGGAUUCUGCAAAUUAUGCGACACUCCAUGGGUUCCACCAUCCUGUGCUGCGCACCUGUACAACGUUAGCGCUACAGUCACAGUCCCUGAAAUUACCUCUUCAAACUAAGAGUCAUGAACUGGAUGCUACACUUCCUAUCAAGACUGAAAAAAGUUAAUUGUCAUCCUUGCCGGCAAGGUACCAACGGGUCUUUGCAGAUGUCCGCCAUUGCCAAGACAUCGCCAUUAUGGACCUGAAGCUCUUUGAGACUUAUUUGUGAAUAAAUUUAUUUGACAGCACUGAAGUGGCAAACUGCAAGGUUCGAUGCAAUGCAUUCCCACUUCAGUAGCUUAUCAGGUCCCCCUUCUA